AUGGGGGUGAAACUUAGGCUGUCCGUGUGCGACGAACGAAUGCCAUGUGGACACUGGACAGUCUUUCGAAUGGUUAUAUGAAAUAGUUUAAUGAUUUUUCUUUUACAGGAUAAAUAUUUACGCGGACCAUUGGCAGGGCGUGGAUUGAGGUGUCUUCCCCACAAACGGCAUCAAGUUAUUUGACUGUUUAAUGCUAAACAUGGACUGAGGACAGGAUGUCGAUUCCUGCAGACAUCUCGAGUGUGGCGAGUGAUGACAUCAAUGAUGUGUUUGACUCCAUAGCUCUCAGCGAAGAACGAUUGUCUGAGCAGGGCUACCAGGAGGGUUUGCAGAAGGGUUGCACCCAAGGUAAGAUAGAUGGCUUUCACAUGGGGUACCAUAGAGGAGCGCAAAUCGGGGCAGAGCUUGGUUACUACACGGGCGUGCUGAAAGCAGUGCAGUCAGCUGCAGCGAGCGGCAGCAGCAUACUCACCGAAAAGAUCGCUUUAGACAUUGCGAAGUUACUACAGUUGCUGGAAAGUUUCCCUCGCACCAACGCCAGGGAAGAAGACAUCUUAGCACUCCGCGACAACAUCAAGGCAAAAUUUAAAAAAAUCUGCUCCGUGUUGAAAAUCAACAGUUUGUUUACCGAGUAUCCCAGUGUUUCAUUUUGACAUUUCAAAUGGAGGACUUCAGCGAAACAAAAAUAAUUUCGGCACUGACUUCCGUGCUCCAGUUUCUGGAUAGAGUAAAGCCGCUGAUAGACAGUCACAUGGUGCUGUUCUUCACCGAGCAGUACUGGUCGACGCUCGUUCCCGAGGCCAUUCGAAGGGAGUUUGAGCGUGUGGGCAUGGAAGGGUUCGCUCCGGUGCUCUGGGACGGCGGGGGACGCCGCGAGGAGCUGCCCCAGGACUGCCGGAGCCUCGCGGAGUUCCUGCGCGAUGCCAGGGAGAUGUACGCGGGCAGUCUCGGCGACGUCGUCCUCACGAACCGGCAGCUGAAGGAGAGACUGCGUGGCGGGGAGCGGCACGGAGGCCUGCCGUCGGGGCAGUGCAUGUCCCGCAAGAAGCACCACGAGGUGGGGGUGAUGGCGGAGGUGGCUGCCGCGCUGGCGGCAGCCUCGGGGGCGAGCCACGUGGUGGACGUGGGCGGGGGCAAGGGCUACCUGGGCUCCGCGCUGGCCCUGCUUCACGGCCUGCCAGUCCUGGGCGUCGACUCGUCCCGGGGCAACACCUCCUCUGCGGCCCGGCACAGCCACAAGCUCCAGAAGGCGUGGAGAGGAGCCAGCAGCACAAGGAACGAGGAGCGUGAGAAUGCCACGGCGGCAGGCGGUCGCUACAAGGUGGUGACCAUGUUCAUGGACCGGGACACGCGGCCGUCGCAGCUGGUGCAGGAGCACUGGGGCGGGGCGGGCGACUGCCGAGUGUGCCUGGUGGGGCUUCACGCGUGCGGGGACCUCUCCCCCGCCUGCCUGGGGGCCUUCGUCGCGGACGGGCGGGCGGCAGCGCUGUGCCUUGUGGGCUGCUGCUACAACCUGCUGGGGGAGGCCGGCCUCCCCGUCAGCCGCCGGGGGCCCCGUCUGGGCCGCAACGCCCGGAUGCUGGCCGCGCAGGCGUGCCACCGAGUCGCCGACACCCGGCAGUUGGCGGUGGAUUCCCUGUUUUACCGAGCUCUCCUGGAAGUCCUGUUGGUGGAGAGCUGUGGCCGAGAUGCCCGCUGGGGACAUGUGGGGCGGAUCGCAGCAAAGUGCGGCAGCUUUCGAGAGUACGUGCACAAGGCCACAGAGAAGCUGGGUCUCAGCGUGCAGGUGUCUGAAUCUCGGAUUGAGAGCUUGUACGCACAGUAUUUGCCUCAGAAAGACCAAUUGCAGGCUUUCUUUUCCUUGCGCGUUGCUCUUGCGCCGGUGGUGGAGACUGCUUUGCUGCUGGAUCGUCUCCUGUACCUUCAUGAGCAGGGUUUCCACAAAUCUUGCUUGGUUCAGUUAUUUGAUCCUGUUGUUUCUCCACGUUGUUAUGGCAUAGUUUCAGUAAAGAGUUAAUAGUUAAUAGUGAUUGUGAUUUUUUGUUUUCCUGUGCUUGUUGUUCAGAUGCAUGUAUUUAAACUUUGGCAUUAAAAAUUGUAUUUUGCUAUAACA